AGCCUGCUGAAGGGGAUGGGAGAGGCCAGCGGUAACCACGUGUUUUCGCCGAUCGGCUUCUCCUCGAUACUGGCCAUGAUCAGCGAGGGAGCCGAGGGCCAAACGCUCAAGGAGCUGUACGAUGUGUUUAAGUUUCCCACCGAUCGAGACCUGGUUCGUAAGGCGUACGACGAUUCGCUGAAGCGGCUCAGUGGACAAAAUCCUACCAACGAGCCGCAGUUCAAGACGUGGUUCUACGUCUACCGGAACAACUCCGUCCACCAGGCGUACAAGGAGGUUCUGGAGCGCAACUAUGGCGUCGAGGUGCGCGAUAUCGAGCGGAAUGACUACAACUUCGACGAACCGAAGACCUCGCUCGAGCCGAUCGUCGCCGAAACGCCCGUCGCGGAAGAAGAGGAAGAGAUCCAGGAGGAGAGCAACAAUCCGUCCGGUCUGGGCGGUAAUCGGGUCGUGGAAGCGAGCGGUGGCAGCAACAACAGCAAGGACAUCGUUGACUUCGAGGUGCUCAAGAUUAAGUCGGUCUUCCCGCCGACGGAUGACACCGUGCGGAUAGAUACGGGCAUCAGCACCAAGUACGACGAGGUUGAGGACGAGAACCCAAAGUUCGACAAGAACGUCGAUGAGAACGAGUACGUCGAUCCGACAAAGAUCAAGGCCGAGUUGGCGAAGAAGAAAAUGGAAGCGCUGAACGAAAUAAUUGAGCAGGGUGGCGACAGUGUGAAAACGAAGGUUGGUUGUGGUUCGGCCGAACCGACCAAAGAUCAGAGACCAGAAAAAUUGUCCCUCCCACUGAAGAAGCUUGGCGUGGAUAGCGAUGAGCAGGAAAGCUUGUCGCUGUCCGGUAGUCAUGGAACGCGUAGGAAGUUCAAUAUCCGCAGAUCGUUCCUGACGGGCGACAUUGCUUCAGCGUUGAGCGGAAACUCGUUGGUCGGGCGAAAGGUGACGCAGAACGAAGACGAAGAGCAAACUAACGAGUCCAAAAUGUUACUCUUUAACGGGCUGUACUAUAGAGGUGCCUGGGCGACACCGUUCCAGCAACUGCGAACGGAGGAGAGCACGUUCUUCACCAACACGGACCAAAAGCCGGUGAUGAUGAUGCGAUCCCAAGGAACCUUCGGUAUUGGAAAGGACGAACAGUUGGACGCCAAGUUCAUCGAGCUACCAUACAAUAACUCUCGCUACUCGCUCCUGCUGAUGGUUCCGAACACCAAAGACGGACUGAAGGAGUUGAUCAAAAACUUCAACCCCGAUACGCUCAGUACGGUGCAAAAGUCGCUCGUCAAGAUGCCGGCACACAUCUGCAUUCCCAAGUUCCGCGUCGACACCACUAGCCGGGCGGAGAAACCGCUGGCGAAGCUCGGACUGAUCACCAUGUUCACGUCGAAGGCAGACCUAAGCGGUAUCACCGACGAGCAGAAGAUCCACGUCGAUGAGCUGGUUCAGCACGUCUCGAUCCGCGUCGAUGAAGGAUCCAGCAGUGAGAACGCGCUGUCGGCCACGAACGCCGUCGAAUCCAAAACGAUCGCCGACGACGAACGGGAGCACUUUAUGGCCGACAAACCGUUCCUUUUCUUCGUGCGUGACGUCGUGGACGAUAUUGUGAUCGUUGCCGGCAAGAUCACCGACAUACCGUACGUGGAGUGA